UGAGCUACAUCAAAUCCAAGGGAAGAGAGGAAUAUGGUUUUGUGGAGCAUAUCAAGGCUAUGGCUUCCAUGCCAAUGGACUAAAGGCGGGUGUGGUUGCUGCAGAUAGCAUGCUUAGAAGGAGUUGUAGUAUUCGGGACAAUCCCAAGCAUAUGGUACCGACCUGGCCUGAAACUGGUGCACGCCUUGUCGUUGCUAGAUUUUUCAAAAGUUUCAUUCAAACAGGAUGCAUAAUCUUGUUGGAAGAAGGAGGUACAAUUUUCACCUUCCAAGGAACCGAGAGGAAGUGCUCUCUUAAAGUUUCUCUUAGAGUUCAUAGUACACAGUUUUACUGGAAGGUUUCAACUCAAGCUGACAUAGGUCUUGCUGAUGCUUUUAUUCAAGGGGAUUUCUCUUUUGUUGAUAAGAAUGAAGGUCUUCUUAAUCUUAUCAUGAUAUUCAUUGCCAACAGAGAUUUGAAAGCAUCUGUUAGAACAUCAAGAAAGGAAAGAGCCUGGUGGACUCCAUUGCUUCUUACAGCAGCACUGUCAUCUGCAAAAUAUUUCAUUCGUCAUGUUUCAAAUCGAAACACCCUGACUCAGGCUCGUCGGAAUAUUUCUUGUCAUUAUGACCUGAGUAAUGAACUCUUCUCACUCUUUCUGGAUGAGACAAUGACAUACUCAUGUGCAAUUUUCAAGAGUGAGGAUGAAGACCUAAAAGAUGCACAGCUAAGAAAGAUCUUUCUUCUCAUUAGAAAGGCAAAAAUUAGCAAGGAACAUCAUAUUUUAGAGAUUGGAUUUGGUUGGGGAAGUUUUGCUGUGGAAGUUGUCAAGCAAACCGGAUGUAAAUAUACUGGUAUAACUCUCUCCGAGCAGCAACUGGAGUAUGCACAGUUGAAAGUUGAGCAAGCAGGCCUACAGGAUCAAAUAACACUUCUCCUAUGUGACUAUCGCCAAAUCCCAAAUAAGGACAAAUAUGACAGGAUUAUAUCAUGCGAGAUGUUGGAACAUAUUGGUCAUGAUUUCAUAGGGAAAUUCUUUACUUGUUGUGAGUCUUCAUUGGCAGAAGAUGGGCUUCUAGUUCUGCAGUUCAUUUCAAUACCAGAUGAGAGGUAUGACAGUCACAGGCAUAGCACAGACUUCAUGAGAGAGUACAUAUUCCCAGGCGGAGGCUUGAAUGCACCAUCUCAAGUAACGUCAGUCAUGGCUGCUGCAUCCCGACUAUGUGUAGAGCACCUGGAAAAUAUAGGAAUUCAUUACUAUCAGACACUGAAAUGUUGGCGGAGAAACUUCUUUAAAAAUCAAAGCCAAAUUCGUGCUUUGGGAUUCGAUGACAAGUUCAUCAGGACAUGGGAGUACUACUUUGACUAUUGUGCUGCUGGAUUGAAAACCUGCACAAUAGGAGAUUAUCAGUUUUAAACAUGAAAUUAGCAGUGGUAGGGGCUGGGAUAAGUGGACUGGUUUCUGCAUAUGAA